UAUAAAAAAAAGAAAAGAAAUAAGUCCUUCACUGAGAAAGGGUUUUGGAAAGGUUUUUGGAAAUGAAUUCUUUGCGGCGAGUCUGUUCUUCUUCAUCCUUGUUACUCCGUCUCCGAUGUAGUAAUACUCACUAUUCCACUACCACCACUCGCAAAUCCAAAUCCAAGUUUCCAAAACCAACCGAAGUCCCCUUUCAACCUAAACUCGCUAACUCUGUCAACCUAAUCGGCACCGUCACCAAACCUAUUCACUUCGAUACUUCUCCCGACGGUAACCCUUUUGCCGCCACCGUCAUCACUCGUCUUGAUCAAGAUCCUUCUUCUCUUUUGAUUCCUCUUCUUUUUCAAGGUGAUUUAGCUCAUACUGCUAACUUUCAUCUCAAACUUAAUGAUGUUGUUCAUGUUGCUGGACAACUUAGUACUCAUCGUCCCAAACAUUCUAAUCCUCAAUAUCAAUUUCAGGUUAUGGUACGGAGUCUUAACUUUGUUCAAGAUUAUCCUCGUAUCAAGAAGGAUUCUUUAACUUCUAAGCAAAAAAAUGGUUCUUUGUCUGAAAAUGAGGAUGACGAAAUCAAUCCAUCGAAGAAGGAUAUCCAUUCUGAGGAAACUGCGGAACUUGUCGUAAAGCCAUCCUGGAAGGAUAUCAUUAAUAAACCCAGUGAAUGGCAGGAUGACCAUUCAACAAAGGAGAGUCCAAAAAGUGCAGCUUUUGAAAGCAAGACGGAUGGUGAAUUAAAACCUGAACUGAAACAAUCGAUAACCAAUGAAAAGAAAUACCAAAACUCUUAUUCAGAUUCUUUGAGUGACCUUCUAAAUGAUCCAAAGCAGUGGUGGGAUUUCCGUGAGAGCAAACGCAGUGGAUUGGUGAAACCAAAGUACCCUGACUUCAAGCGCAAGGAUGGAAGUUCUUCCAUCUGGAUUGACAGGGCUCCACAGUGGGUUUUAUCUAAACUGAAAGAACUGGAAUUUGAUGCUGCUGUUGUUAAAUCCAAACAAGGAAAGGAAAGCAAAGGUGAUGAGUCCUGGAAUGAUUUGCUGCAAAAUCCAACUAAAUGGUGGGAUAAUAGAUUAGACAAGAGGAAUGAAAGAGCUCCCGAUUUCAAGCACAAAGAUACUGGUGCAGGGCUGUGGCUUAAAGGUUCACCAAGUUGGGUGUUGCCAAAAUUACCACCCUUGAAGCUUAAACAACAUAGCGCAGAACCUAGCUGGAAACAAACACCGGUUUGAUGAGUAUUAGAAAAAGAAGCAGAAGCUGAAGUCAAUUACUAAGUUGAAUAUAUCAUUUUGCCUGUUCUCUCUGUUUCACCUCCAUGUAAUUAAUUAAUGCCUUCUUAUAUAGGUCUGAUAUGCAUAAUCAUAGCAACUCAGCAUUUGACCUAUUUUUGUCAAGACAGUUAUUUUAGCUAAUUAUUGUGCACAUACGGUUUUCCUCACAAUUUUCUGAGCAUUAUUCUACUUAACAGUUAUUUUA